AUGAUAAUGCUCAAGAAAUUGCCUGAAGAAGUCUUAAAUUUGUGGAACAAAUGGGAGAUUCGAGGAAUGCUUUUAGUUAGUCUCUUACUACAAAUCAUCCUCAUUAUAUUUGGUUCUCGAAGAAAGUACAUUGCAAGAAGCUGGGUCAGGAUUUUUGUUUGGUGUGCAUACCUCUCAGCCGACUUGGUGGCAACUGUUGCACUGGACACAAUCACUGCAUACUCAAUUGAAGAUAACGAGUUGUGGUUAAGGCACUUCCUUGGUCUUGCAGUCCAAGUCGGAGUGGCUCUGCAGGUUUUCUCAAGGUCUUGCGGCAGCGGUAUCCUCGCAUUCAUAGCGAUCCCGAUGCUCAUUGUUGGCAUUAUAAAGUACGCAGAGAGGACCUGGGUGCUCAGGUCUUCAUGCUCCAAGAGCUUGAAAAACACCAUUCUCUCAAAAUUUCGACACCCAUUAAGGGCACCAGAAACUCUUCAACGAGCUCUCGGAGGAAAUUAUCUUCGUCGAGCUUAUACCUUCUUCGAUAUAUCCAUGUUUAUGAUGCAGGAUCUUGUCCCUGGUAUUCCUGCACUAAUGAACAGCCAGUUGCUGAUUUCCUCAAAUUCAGCAGACGAUGCCUUCAAGGUAAUAGAAGUUGAGCUUGGAUUAAUAUAUGACAUUCUUUAUACUAAAGCGCCCCUGAUUUACUCCCUUGUCGGAAUCAUUCUUCGCUCUAUCAGCUUUUUACUCUUUAUUACUGCUUUUAUUACCUUCCAAGUCAUGAUUGACAAGCAUGCCUACUCAACAAUCGACAUUGCAAUUACGUAUGUAUUGUUUGCGGGCUCCGCUUUUCACGAGAUUUAUGCCUUUUCAUGCCUUGUUUUCUCUGACUGGACAAUGAUUUGGUUGAUUGAUGGAGGAGGGAACGCCCUAACUAGAGCUAUUUAUUCUCUGAUAAGGAAGUUAACUAGAAGCAAGAGGUGGUCGAGAUCCAUAGCACAGCAUAACCUGAUAAGCUUUUGCAUUGAAAACAAGCCACUUAAAUAUUGUUUGGAAUUGCUCGGAAUCCUUGAAAUGACGAGGCAGGUGUAUGUGAAUCGCGAAGAUAUGAAUGUUGAUGAGAAUUCUAUUUUCGAACACCUUCAAAAGAAAUGCGAGAAGAUCAAGGAGAAUUUUAAUUUCAUUGAUACAAAUUUCAGAAGGAAAAUAAUUGAUGAGAGAGGAGAUGGUGUGCUAGAAAGAGAGGGACAAUUACAUGACUUCAAGUGGUGUACAACUGAAGUAGAAUUCAGCCGGAGCCUUCUUGUCUGGCACCUCGCAACAGAUAUUUGCUAUUUUGCUGAUAACGAUGCAAAUAAUAAUGUCCCUUCAGACUGCGAAACAAGCAAAUGCUUGUCUGAAUACAUGAUGUAUCUUCUGGUGGCGAGACCAAAUAUGCUCCCUAAAGGAAUCGGUGAUAUAGAGAAGGGAUAUCUAGAUACUUGCCAGGACCUGGCGCUUUUAGGAAAAGUCAUUGAAACAGGCAAGAAGGCACUAAGUAAGAACGAUGUUGUCGAUACAAUACUGCUGCUGAGAGUGACUUUCUGA